UGACCAUCAUUAGCUUUAAGUAGUAAAAGCACACGUUUAAUACAGUCAAAGCAAAUUAUUCGUAUACUCGAGCAGAGCUUUCAUUCAUAAAGCCCAGCUGAUGGCAUUUUGGCGCCAUCAGUUGCCGCUUCGGUCGUGAGUUCGUUUGCUACGCAGCAUCCUUGUGCUGCUGUGUCGAGUGAAUAGCAAAUCAGUCGAAGACAGACAAUUGAAUAUACUGGAAGUGCUUGAAGUUUUACGCGCCCUGACUAGAACGACAAAGUCUCUACGCUUCUGUGUGAUUGAACAAAGUACGUGUAGGUGUUUUACAAAGCCGAACAUCAGCCAAACAAAUUGCGCCAAAUAAAAGAUAACCAUACCUGAGGCGAUACUCAGUUGCGAUAUUCGCACGCAUGUGAUUUUUGUACAGAGGCACGGAAGUGAAAUAAAUAAUAAUAUCAGUCAAAAAAAAUGCAACGAAUUUUGGCACAUCACUCAUACGCAAUGUCGUACCGCGUGCCGUGCGAAGCGUGAGAACGCGCGAUUUGUUUGCUUACCAUGUCCAUCCACUAAAGACGCCACAAGACAUUUGUCAGCCUUUGGCGCCACACGAAAUUAAGACAAAUCACGAGUGGUGUGGAGUUAACUGUAAGCGUGAAGUGAGUCGAGGCAGAGGCAUAGGCAGCAAGGCUGACGGCGUCAACGACCGCAACAUUACAAGCAAAGUCAAACCAUAAGAUGAAGCAACAACAAUUCACAAAGAUCACAAUAAAAGCGCUUGUUAGCUCAUAAUCAAGGAGAACCAUAUAGUUACAAACGUUUUCACGGAACAGCAGCAACAGAAUCUAAGCAGCUAACACUAAAUAGGGAAGCAGCAAAGGCGGUAAGAAGAGGGUGGUACAACUAUUUGCAAAGGCCACGGGGAGCACAACGCUUGGCAGCUCAGCAACGGCGAAAAUAGCUUUCAACUACAGCAGCGCUGUCGACUUCUUAAAGGCACAUUGUCAGCGUAGUCUCGUCAAUCACAACGUAAGCACAAAGCCAACAACAACAACAACACAAACUAUACAUCUAUUAACUACUGAGUGAGGCUAGAAAAUAAACGCUCUUCCCACAGUUGUCAGCUGUCACCGUUGGCAAACAGAGGAGUCAUAACCGUUAGCUCGCCGGUCCGCUAACGCCUCUACUCCAUAAAUUCAUUUGGCUGCAUUGGCUUAGCCACACACUACUCUGUUUCAUUUCGUUUUUGGUCGUACGAAAUAUUGCACAAAAAAUGCCUGUGGGUGGGCGCACAGCCGGCAAAUACGGAUAUUCCGACAGCAGCUACUACAGUGGCCAUUCCUAUAAAAGCAUCAACGAUGAAAUUAUUUGGGUGAGCAUCGGCAUGGGCGUCACUAUAAUUGUUCUAAUCACCAUAGCGUUGUGCUACAUCGCUUACGAGAAAUGCCACAAGAAACGUGAAUACUACAUUAAUGCAUAACGCGGUACCUUGGAGGCGGUGAAUUUCAAUAGCAACUGGCAGCCAAUUAUGGAAGCGAACGGCAUGCAGUGUCAUGUGGCACGCAACACAUGCAACGAGAGCCAAUUUGCAAAGAAGAUAGCCGAAAAUUAUGCGCAACACAAAAGUGCGCGCGAUAUGGAGGUGCCGCCAUAAAUGCAGAAGAUAAAAGUAGACCGAGCAGCGUAAAGCGAGUGUAUCGAAAAAACAUAGUUAAGUUUGCACAAAAUUGGCAUAAGUAGAAGUGCCACCUAGCGCCAACCACCAACCAACGACCGCAAACCGCUUGCUCCGUUCACUACAAGUGCACUUCACACAUCCACCUACCCACACAAAUACAAUGCACAUACACACACAUGCAGUAAUAAUUUGCGGUAUAUAAAGUUUGUAUGAUUCGCAUUUCGUAAUAUCUACGCCAAAAAGCGCCAAAUCCCCCACAAAAUUACAUUUUUCACACACACACAAUUGCAAAGCGCAGGAAGCAUUUGUGCUUGCAACCGGAAGCGCAUAAUGCCAAUGGCUUAGCCAUUUGCUUUACGCGGCUACUCUUAUUCUGGUCAUCAUGAAUGUGUUUUCCCGCUCGUACAGGAACAGCAAGCCAAUUCCCGUUGAGUUGGGGCAAAGCGUCGAAAUAAGGUAUAGAGGACAAUGGUGCAGUCAACCAUAUAAACAUAUUUACAUUGUACUCUGUGCAACAAUAUUACUUAAGCGUAUGAGUUUGCAAUGGCAAUUUAGAGAAUUUAUAAAAGCGGGUAUGAGCUGUACAAGGUGAGCUUAUUAAGCAAAAAUAAUACUCCCACAUUUUAAAAAGCUUUAAAUAAAAUAAGGUAAGGCCUUUGAAAAUUCGAUUGAAUUGAAAUUAAUUAAAAUUAAUUAAAAAUAAAAACGAUGAUAUUUAAAAGACCUGAAGACAUUACUUUAAAGCUGAAAUAUUAGUAAACGAAUUUUAAUAGGAAAUGUAGUAAUCUACUUAUACAUAUAUAUGACAUUCUGUUUUAAACAAAUAAAAAGUAUUUACUCUAUAUAAAUGUCAAUGAAGUUAUAUACUUAGUAUUGUAUUAAAUUCAAUAUUAAAUUUAUGUUUCUAAAAACUAUAACUAAAUAACUUGCUCUUAAGCCAACUACACGAUUUUUUGGACUAUGUGUGUGUAUUUAUCUUACGUGUAGUUAUUUUAUGAAAAAUACUUUAAAACAUGUUAAAAACACUAUACAAUAAUAAUUAUAAAAAAAAAACUUUAAAAAUUAUAUAUAAGCAAAUUUUGACAGGAUUUUUCCUAACUCAUCUGCAUAGUGUUAUUAAGAAGUUUGUGUUUGCUUUCAACUAUUUCACUUAACUACAUAUGUAUUUUACUAAAAUAUGUACAAAUAUCAAUUAACAUAACGGAAAAUGUGCUCACUUUCUUUGCUGUCCAAGCAUUUAAUACACAGAAAACCAACUUCUUUCUAAUUAACUAUACAGUUAGAGUCAGUUAACUGUUACCAACAGAUUUGUUUAGAACAAGUGUGUUACGGUUAAAACUUCGAAAGCAUCUUAUAACAUUUUUUUUUAAUAAUAAACACAAAAUAUGAAAAUAUAGAUGAAAUAAUAUGAAGCCUAACAUUUAAAAUUAAAUAAAAGUAAUCGCUCAAAAGAUUUAUGGUCUACUAUAGACCACUACUAGACCAGUUUCAAAAAUAUGACUCAAGCGCUCAAAUGAUCCUUUAUUAUAAUAACACUCCUCUACAUUGAUUUUGUUGCCCUAGAUCUGAGAUCAAUUUUGGAUAUAAUGGCGCUCACAAUUCAUGAAACUAUCAAAGAUUUUAUUGCUCUCGUUUAUUUUUAAGUCCUUAUUUACAUUUGAAAUUACAAAUAUUAAACAAAAUAACAGAAACAUUAAUAAUUUAAUUUUUUUUAAAUGACUUACAUCGAAGUAAGCAGCGAGAAAAAUGUCGAAAACAUAUAUUAAUUUCCAUAAAACUCCUUUUAUGAGCAAUUCUUUCAUAAAUUUCCUGUUGACAAGCCAGCAGUAUUUUUAAAAACAUCAAUGGCGUUCCCAUCCGAAAUCUUCGUGAAACCGCUUUCCCUGUUCCUCACUAUAAUUUCGUUGAUUAUCUGUAUAAAUAGCCAGUGAUUUGCGGAUAUAGUCUAACUUGACACAUAUUUAUUUGCUCCUAGCGUCGGAAAGUUUGUCGGCAUUUUCAAAUUUUUUUCAUAAUUUGGUGAUUUAUAGUAACCGAGGAAAUUUUCGACUACUUGUCGAAACUUUAUUUUCCGAUACAGUCAUAACCUUAAUUAAUUCUAUAUCUUUCAUCAAGUGCAGUAUUUGAGGAUCUUUAAAUAUAUCACAUUUCAAAUUUUCCUUACUAAGCUUCGGAAUGUUUCUAAAAAUGUGCUUACAACUUCACUGUUUUGAAAAAUUGCGUGAAGAUUUCGAAAUUGAUUACGUAAGUAACUUUUUCGUUGAUAUUUCAUUUAUUUGAAUACUUGAAGACUUCAAAAUUUGCUAAGAUCUUCUUUGUUGAGCUAAGUUAUAUUGAAUAUCCAAAGGCAAUGAUAAGCCCGUAAUAGCAAAACUCUAAUUAUGUAUAUUUCAAUUUAACUUUGGUACUCUGUUUUGAAUUUCUGCCCAGCCUUUUGCAUUUCUAGGUGUUGUAACUUUAUACGCAUCGUUUGUAGCUUUCUAAACACCGAACUAAAAAUAUUUGGCUCUUAAAAUGCCACCCUCGUACUGUGCGCAAAAUUUUUAAACGCUAUUUAUAGUAUAUCAAACAUGGAAAUGUAUAUAGAGAGAAUAAGCAAUUAGUACUUUGUAAAUUGUGUCAGCGUGUGCCCAUAAAAAUUCGCUGAUAUGACAAGCUUUACUAAAGUACCGUCAUGGUGCAGAAGCCAAAAACGUUAAAACGAGAAAUUAGCAAAUAUUUAAAGUGAUAUUAUAACAUAUAACUAUGUAUUCGGAAACUUUACUUUAGCUACCUUGUACACUAAGCGCUGUUAAACUGACUUAUAACCUUUUGAUGUUUUUCCUGUAAAGGUUCCUCCUUAACACUAUGUACUAUUUUAUACUUAGUCUCUAUUUGAGUCUCAAGAAAUGUGAACAUAAUUAGGCGUGGAUAUACAACCAUUAAAAUUAACUAGUUGUAUGUUACAAUGUGUGUUCGAGUAGCUGUAGCAAUCGAUUAGUAUUUCAUGUUACAUACUGUAGAUCUAGUAAUAGUAUCAUAUUAACGACUGUCUUAGCUGCCUGCCACAAGCUACUACUUAAAAGCAGUAAUAUGUAGACGGACUAUAAUCUUACUUACUUGCAUUAACACAUUAGACGCCAGAUGAGUUAAACCAAAAUCAAAUAUUCGCCAAUAAAAACACUUCAUUAGCACACACCAAAGAGGAUCACGAGAGCAAGGUUAGAAGAAGAAACUGUCUGAAGUGGAAAAAAGUAAAUUUAGUAAAUACAGGCAUAUGUACAUGUUUUACAUAUAAUAUUAUAAAGAGUCUACCAAUAAGAACGACGUGAUGUUGAAAUGAAAUAAAACACUCAAUUUUGGCCAAAAUGGGUUCAUUUUGUUUUUUUGUUAUGUUUCUUCUUUUGCUAUGUAGAUAAUGUUAUGCCAUUUAUGAUUUGAAAAGAAAAUAUCGACUCCGUUUAUAUAUCUCCACCCGUUAACGCCAUUUUUCCGUGAGCCGGUGCAACAUUUCGCUGAAAAUUCGGCUAUAGUGCGCUUUGCCUUUGAGCUCUUCGAACGUUGAUGGUUGAUUGGCGUAAACCCUUGAUUUAACAUACCUCCAGAGAAAAUAAUCUAGAGGCGUUAAAUCGCAUGAUCUUGGCGGCCAUUUGAUUGACUGGACUGAAAUUACUGAAAAAAUGGCAUUUCCUGUUUCAUUUCGAACGACAUUAGGCUCGAUCAUGAUGCUAUGCCACAAUCCGCACCAAGCAGUCAAUUUUUGGGGAUGCCUCGGAUUGGAAUCAUCUCAAUAGCAACAAUUUUGUUUGUUCACAAAAUCAUUAAGGCCAGAAAUGGGCCUCAGCUGAGAAGUGAAUUUUGUGCAUUUUUCGGAACACGUGAAUUUGCGUAAAAAUCUUGGGCAAUUUCCAAGCGUUGGGCCGAAGUGAAAAGUGACAUGAUGAAAUUGCAAAUCUUACUGAACACACUGACAAAAUUUGACACGAAUCCGUAAACAAAAAUGGUCGUCACUUGUUUUCAAAAUCACGUCAUUCCUAUUGGUAAACGCUGUAUAUAUGUAUGUACGAGUAUCUACCUUUUCAUUUGAACGCAUGAGAGCGCGGAUGAAAUAAACGAUAUAAUACUCUCAAGCAGCGUGGUAGAGUCCAACGGUUUUUUUUUGCCAGGCAACUCUCUAAGGAUGUUAGUAACAUUAAACCAAGUCGGAAAGAAGAAUGGAACUCAAUAUAGAAAAUGACGUUGAAAAGCAAACGGAAACAAUGUUGCUCUUAAUGUAAUCAGCUUAACAUCUAUCCAUGGAGCUGCGUGCGUGUUUUGUUGUAUGUAGGUACAUAUGUUGGUAUUAAGUGUUGUCAAGUACGUAAUGAGCUGCGGAAAUCAGUAUUGACAUCAUUAGCUGCCAACACCAGAAAAUGCAAAGCUCACUCUACCCUAAACAGCCUGUCACACGUUACAUAGUUACCUCUUAGAUUGACAUUUACCAUAGCAAAUUGUUUGUUGUCAAGUUCAACCGUUAUUUUUUGCAUUAAAGUAUAGAAUUACAACUUUUUAUCUCAUUUUACUUUUAAAGUGUUUUGUGCUCUGUCAGUCAGCUUAACUUACUCGUUAAUUGACAACGGCUUCUGGUAUGAUAAUACUUAUACAAUAUAUGGAAUAUGAGAGUUAUUUUGAGUCGACUGCUUGAUUCUUCUUGUGUUUUCUCAGAAAUUCCUGGUGAAAUCUUAUUUUAAAAAAGUGUGAAUGUCAUUUAUACAUUUUUGCGAAUUAGGCGUAGAUUUGAGGAAACUUUUUAUCUUAGAUAAUGCUCACAUUCCGAAAUAUAGUACAUCGUCAAUAUUCAAGAAAAAUUGUGCAAUCGCAUGUGAAAAGUACGGUCGGCCUUAUCAAAGCUAUAAGACCUUUUACAGAUGCAUUUCAUGUUGCAUAAAGGGUAUGAAAGGAUCUUCAUAUUGUGUUUGAUCGGUCAGUUUGUAUGGCAGCUAUAUGCCACAGGGGUGCAAUCGGAAAAAAAUGUUCGAAUAUUGUAAUGUUGCCUAUAACAAAUAUCUGUACAAAAUUGUAUGAAGUUAAUUUGCCAAAGAAAAAAGUUUUCCAUACAAAGACUGGAUUUUUAUGUGCUAGUUUGUUUGACAGCUAUAUGCUAUAGUACUCCGAUCUGAACAAUUUAUUCGGAUAUUAUUGCUUUGCUUCUGCCAAUAAUCUAUGUCAAAUUUCGUGAUGAUAUCUUGUCAAACAAUUUUUUUCAUACAAGAAUUUGAUUUUGAGUCAACAGUUUGUAUUACAGCUGUAUGAUAUACAUAGUAGUUUGAUAUUGGCGGUUCCGAUAAAUCUGUAGCUUCUAGGGGAGAAAAGAGAGUGCAAAAAAAUUUCAAAGCGAUAUCUCAAAUACGGAGGCACUAUUUUAUAUACAUAUAUGUAUAUGUAUAUCAACUAACAGAUGGAUAUAGCUCAAUCAAUGCAGCUCGUCAUGCUGAUCAUUAAUAUACAGAGUUUGUCCAGAAAGUAAUAGCACUAAGUCGAUUUAAAAAAAUAUUGAACUAACCGUUACAAUUCUUUAAAGACUUUCAAAAUAGGAUCCUUAUGCGUCGAUGCAGCGCUGCCAGCACGAUUUCCAAGCAUUGAAGUUGUCACAGAAGGCAUUGUCCGGAAUAGCCAUGAGAGCCGAGGUGCUUGCUGCUUGGAUCCCCUAUGUCGUCUCAAAAUGCUUGCUUUUCAUCGGGAUCAUAAUCAAAGAUCCAUGACUCGUCACCUGUGAUUACGUUAUUCAAAAAUUGGCGGUCAGUUUCAUACAUGUUCAAAUUAUCUUGGCACACUUCCACUCGCCGCAAGUCGUCAGUGAGCACUUUUGGGACCAAUUUCGCUCACACCCUGUGCAUGUGCUAGUACUCCGUCACAAUGUCAUGAACCGCGGAUUUUGCUAAAUUUAACAUCUGGGCAAUUAAACGAAUACUUAGUCGACGGUCUGAGUUCAAAACUUUGCGCACACGAGUCACAUUGUCGGUGUUUGUCGAAGUCGCAGGUCUCCCAGCACGGUCUUCAUCAGCGAUCUCUUCCCGGCCCUCCAAAAGCAAAAUGACAUUGAGACAUAUGACAAGAAAAAGUUGCACGCCAUUGGCAGGGCGAGCCAUAAGUAUCUGCGCUUUGGAUGUGCAUCUCCACAGCUCCAUUUGGAUACAUAUGGUACAUACAUUCGAUUUAUAGCCAAAGAACAAUAUUUUGCGACAAAGUCAAGCGUUAAAGCACACAUUCGCACACAUACACACAAGUAUAUGUGAAGAUAAUAUCGCUGAAUCAACCAUUAUACAGCAUGUAAAGUGUGCCACUGUGCGACAUCUCACAUACAUACAUACGUAUGUACAACUUUACUCUGGUCAAUCACGCCGAGCAUACGGAUAUGCGCCGAUGAUUGCACACACAAACAAACAGACAGUUGACCUGAUGUGACUGCACAUCCGUAUUUUACAGCUCCAUCCAUGGGUUUGGACAUGUACACACAAAUUGACACUCAAAUAUGGAAACAGUGAGUGGGAUGCAUCAGCAAAAAAAAUGUUGUAAUAACAAAAUAGUGAAAAUUGCAACAUCUUAUGAGCUUCGAAAAAGCGUCCACAGUAAACUUUCAACGUACGUAAUGCUACUGGCGCAUUAAUA